CCCCCCCCCCGCCCCUCCCCCGUGUCCACCGUAUCCUCUCCUCUCCGGCCCUCUGGUCCCACGCUCGACCCUCUGUCUCCUCCCACCAUGGCGUCGACCACGCUGCGCCUGCCCGGCCUUGGGUGGGCUCUCCUGUCGCUGCUGCUCGCGGCCCUCUUCAGCUCCUGCUGCCUGGCAUCCGCCUCGCCGGUGAUGAACGGCCCACCGACCACCUGGCUGUCGGCCCCGGUGCCCGCCGAGGACACGGCCCAGCUGCGCGUGUUUUUGCCGAGCCCCGAGGCGCGCGACCAGUUCCUCUGGCGCCUGGCUGGCGCCGGGGUCUCGGCCGAUCUGACCACCCUGGGGUUCUGCUCGUCCCGCUGCGUGGACCUCCUUGUGCCGGAAGUCGACCGCCAGGCUGUUGAGGCUGCCCUGCCGGCGGAUGCGGUCCUGCGUACGGCCGAGCGCAACCUCGGGGGCCGUCUGCGCGCGGAGCGCGACCGCCUGGCCGGCGAUGCCCACCGGACUGACUUCUCCGGUGUCACUCGGGCCAGUGACUUUUUCGAGGACUUCCGCACUUACGCCCAGAUUGAGGCAUUCAUGGACUCGCUGCUGGCCGCCUACCCGGAGGCCCUGUCGGGCUUCGUGUCCGGGCGCACUUUCGAGGGCCGGCCAAUCCGCUCGAUGGUCCUCUCAGUCGGCGGCAACAGCACUGUCGUCGACGCCGGGCGCCGGUCCAUCCACCUGCAGGCUGGUCAGCAUGCUCGGGAGUGGCUUUCUCCCCCGACCCUGCUGUACAUCCUGUCCGGCUUCCUCGAGGAGACCAGUGGCUCGGCCAACCUUCCCCUCCGCGAUCUUCUUUCCCAGUUCGACAUCUACAUCACCCCGGUGGUCAACGUCGAUGGGUACCUGCACACCUGGAAGGGCGAUCGCCUGUGGCGCAAGAACCGCCGUGUCAACAGCGGCUCCAACUUCCUUGGCGUUGAUCUCAACCGGAACUGGGGGCCGAAUUCCACCUGGUGCACUGAGGGGUCCAGCACCUUCCCCGGCUCGGAUGUCUAUUGCGGCACCGAGGCCUUCAGUGAGCCGGAGACUCAGGCCAUGAGCCAGCUUUUGGACUCCCUGCCGAAUGUCGCCCUGGCCAUUGACUACCACACCUACGGUCCCAUGAUCCUGUACCCGCUGCAGCACACCUACGACCCGGCUGAGGGUGAUGAUGCUGCGCACUUCGACCAUCUUGCCACGGUCAUGGCCGACGCCAUCCGUGCCGUUCACGGCCAGGAGUAUGAGCCCAUGCCCGGGUCCCAGCUGUAUCCCCACUCGGGCGGCCUCAUCGACUAUGCUUACUACACUCGUCGAAUUCCGGCUUUCACCGUGGAGCUCCGUGGUGACGGCUUCAUCGUCCCCCCCUCCAACAUUCUGGAGUCCGGCGAGGAGAACUAUCGCGGCCUGAUCGACAUCCUGCCCCUCUUGUAGGAGAGCACCGCGCUUCCCCUGUGGAUGCCUGCUUCCCUGACAUUUCUGUCGAUGCCGCAGUUAUAAUGCACAUAUGC